AUGGCACGCACGAAGCGCACCGCCCAAGCGGCGGCUGAGGAGACCAUGACGCCCCCCGACAACCUCGAGAAGAACCAGGCCAUCGUACGCGUCAUCAAGGCCGAGGGCAACAACCUCUACAACUGCGAGCUCCCCAACAAGAAGGACAUGGUCCUCGAGCUGGCCCAGCGCUUCCGCAACACCAUCUGGAUCAAGCGGGGCGGAUAUGUGCUGGCGGAGAGGUACGACGAGCCCGACGGCCGCGUCAUGGGCGAGAUCAUCAACGUCGUCCGCGACGAGAAGGCCUGGCGCAAGCAGCCUUACUGGCCGAAGGAAUUCGCCAAGACCAGAUACGAAGACGAGGAAGACGAAAGCGACUCCAACGUCGGCAAGAUGCCGCCAUCCGACUCUGAAGACGAUUAUUGA